AUGGCGACUCCCAGGAGCGCAACCGCCGCUGAAAAGCGGGAUCGCAACCGCGAGCCCAAGCUUCCUAGAGACACUGGCUUUGAGCCAUGGCAGAUUAUUUUGACUGCUCAAAGUGGACCAGUGAAGGGCCACCAACCACAGGAUGAGAGGGGUUCAGCUGAUUCGUACACGAGCAGACCUUCGGAUUCCGACCUGUCAGCGGAGGAGGACCGCGAGGCGUAUCGGCGUGAAGCCGAACGCCAGGCCCAGCUGCAGCUCGAGAGAGCCAAGUGCAAACCUGUAGCAUUCGCAGUGAAGACGAAUGUGAUCUAUUGUGGGGCUCUCGAUGAAGACUGUCCCGUUCAGGGUGCUGCCAUAAACUUUGAAGCCAAAGACUUUCUGCACAUCAAAGAGAAGUACAAUAAUGACUGGUGGAUAGGAAGGCUGGUGAAAGAGGGAGCAGAUAUCAGCUUCAUUCCCAGCCCUCUCCGACUGGAGGCCCUGAGACUCAAACAAGAGCAAAAACAGAGGAAAAGUGGUAACUCCUCCUCAAGUCUGGGUGACAUGGUAUCUGGAGGUUGGAGACCCACGCCGCCAUCUGCAGCCAAACAGAAGCUAAAGCAGACCGAACACAUUCCCCCUUAUGAUGUGGUACCAUCCAUGAGGCCUGUGGUUCUGGUGGGACCUUCACUCAAGGGCUAUGAGGUGACAGAUAUGAUGCAGAAAGCUCUGUUUGAUUUUCUCAAACACCGCUUUGAUGGGCGGAUCUCUAUAACCCGGGUGACCGCUGAUCUUUCUCUGGCCAAGAGAUCAGUCCUCAACAAGAGACCCAUUAUGGAAAGAUCCAACACACGAACCAGUUUGGCGGAGGUACAGAGUGAGAUUGAGAGGAUAUUCGAGCUGGCUAAAACCCUUCAGCUAGUGGUUCUGGAUGCAGACACCAUCAACCACCCAGCACAGCUGGCUAAAACCUCACUAGCUCCCAUCAUUGUGUACGUCAAAGUCACUUCACCAAAGGUCUUACAGCGGUUGAUAAAGUCAAGAGGCAAAUCGCAGAGCAAACAUCUGAAUGUUCAAAUGAUGGCGGCAGACAAACUGACUCAGUGUCCACCUGAGAUGUUUGAUGUCAUUUUGGAUGAGAACCAAUUGGAGGACGCCUGUGAACACCUCGCUGAAUACCUGGAUAUCUACUGGCGUGCCACUCAUCUGCCGGGCACUGCCCCUCUUAAUCCCCUGUUGGAGCAAAACCUGAUGACCCCGCCCUCAGCAAUCUCAAGUCUACAGAACCAGCAGCUGUCGCCUGCCAGGGGUGGUGGGGUGGUUGAGGAGGAAGAUCAGGGGGAGCAGGACAGCCUCAUGCCUUCAGACGAGGCCAGUGACUCUCGAUCCCUCCACCGUGGAGGCUCUAGCUCCCUGCACCCCCCUGAGGAUGAGGAAGAGGAGGAGGAGGAAGAGGAAGAAGAUGAUUACACACCCAACCGCCACACGUACCGGGACAUGUACCCACCCAACCGUAACCAACCCGGGGGAAUCAACAGUGCUAACGGACACGAGUCACAGGACCGACUCCUGCAACAGCGAAACUCGCAGGAUGGACACAACCAACGGAACAACCGCCAACGUAUGCGCGCCUGGCCGAGAGACAACUACUGACUGCAGAAGUUAGAAAAGACAGGGUCGGGUUGUUAAUCGGGGUGAUGGGAUUGGUGCAGAACUAGAAAGCACACUGUAUGUGUUUGUGGAUCAAGCUGUCCAUGGUUGAAGAAAAGGUCCGGCUGUUUUUUGAGCUUUUGUGGUCAUUGAGGUAUUGCACUACACUGGCUUUUAAAAACAGCGCAACUUUUCUCCUUUAAGAUCAACCACAUCUUCAUAUCAAAACAUCGUUUGAGCUUCCUCUGGAGGAAAACUCCAAACACCAUCCGAGUCAAUUAUUACCUUAUUAUUCUGCCUAUCAUGGAGUUCAAUUUUCCCCCCUACCUGAACCUAAUGAGCACAGAAGGCAUUAUGGGAAAAAGAAAAGCACUUUUCAAGCAUGAGUUGUUAGUUACCAUAAAAUAUAUUGUAGCAUUUUGUUGCAUCUUUGUUGCUAAUGCUUUUUUAAAGUGAAUAUUGCUAUUUUUGGGUUCAAGCCUUUUAUGCUGGCUUUAAUCAUUCAGGCACAUGACAUGAUCAGUCACUUAUCACAGAUGUAGCACACAUUGCCACUUGCAAAAGCACCACGUAAAUGUGUUACGGUAUAUGUAUAAGAAGGGAAUUCAGGGCAAACAGGGUUAUGCUCGGCUUUUGCAGAGUGCAACUGCUAAAUGGGACUGUAGUCUGGGAUUGCACGUAGGGUAUAUUCCAAUGCUAGACUGAAAAGAAGCAGUCGAUUUUCAUCCUGCUGCAAAAAAAUCUAGGUCAGAUCAUUUUUUCUGAGCUAAAGAAAACUGGAGAAGCAGCAAGUUAAUCAGUGUCCAUGUAUUUGCUUUUUAUAGAACUGCUUGUAGCUCACCGGGUUUCUGUGUUUUUAGUUUUGGGGAAAAGAAUGGUCCUGUAGCUUUCUGGGUGUUUUGAAAUUGAGAGUGGAUGAAUGCAUUGCUAUAUAAAUAUGAAUUAAAACCUGGUCUAGGUUUAUUGUACACAGUUUCAACUCAUACACUGGGUGAUCAUUACCAGAGAUAGGAAAAGGAAGUAGAUAGACCACUCAUAGAAAAUAAGUACAAGAAUCAAUACCAUCCCGCCCUCUCUAGCAAUGACAUGUGGCCUCAUUUAUAAAAAGUUGCGUAGAAAACGUCCAAAAUUUGAUCUUGCGAUCGUUUCUAUAAAUUUAAAAAUUUACUAGCAGUGCAGUUUUUAAUUGCCAAACUGAAUGCUGUGCACGGAAGAAGAUAUUUUUGAUGCAGGCACUAGCAGCAAGGGCAUUACGAUGAUGUCGUAAAAGACAACGUUCGCUAAAGAAAAACAACUAAUUUAGGUUUAGGUGCGUUUUUAGGUGCGUUUCCAUCAAGUUGUUUGAUCAAAUGACGAUGAUAUUGGUAACUCUUGUAACCAACAGUAAAAAAAAGGCACACAUAGAUAAUGGAGACAGGACUACAUUUAGUUACAAUUGGGCAUGUUAUAAAUUUACUAGCAGUGCAGUUUUUAAUUGCCAAACUGAAUGCUGUGCACGGAAGAAGACUUUUUUUAAUGCAGGCACUAGCAGCAAGGGCAUUACGAUGAUGUCGUAAAAGACAACGUUCGCUAA